AUUUUGUCAUGUUCGUUUUAACGUGAUGUCACGCUCCUGGAAUGAGAGUGUUGUAAACACUGUACCUGUUCCCGAGGUCCGUAACGCGUUUGCGUCUUGGAGCUCCCGAGGGGGCUGGAGGGAGAAUGCCUUGUCCAUGAACAUCCCGCGACCCUGCGCGGCCUUGAAGACCUACUUUCCUGGCAUAUCCAAGUACGUCUGGAACAACCUCGAAGGGCCCGGCGGUCACGUCUCGCAAAUCCCGGUGCCACCGGGUUCAUACAGCAUUCGGAACCUGUCCAUGAACUUGCAAGACUACCGUUCCACGGGACUGAGAUCUAUGUUUUACGGAAAAUGGCGCAUGGACUCUAAAGUGUACGAUAAGGACAUGUGCUUCAUGUGCGUCCGUGUUACCGCUAUGGUCAAUCCGAAGGCUCCUUCGCGGGCUAGGAGCGGUGCUAGGAGAACCAGUGCCCCGACGAGGUUCCCGGGUUUGGGUCGCAGAAUUGCCAAAACCAAACCGAUAAUAAAAACACAUGAACAUAAACAACAAUCUAGCAAACACUUGUAUGAGCGCUCAAAAUGA